UUAAUAGUUUUUUUUUUGAGACAAACGUAUGAAUCACUUGACAACAGACUAACAGACAGACGGAGUCAGACAUUGAUGACUGACUUAUAGUGAAAAACAAAACCAAACAACACACUAUGGUUAACGUCGGUCUGGUGGCCACUAGUGUGGCCGCUAUUGGCGGCGCAGUCAUUAUGUUUGCGAUGUGGGCUUACGAAGAAUAUCAACGAAACCAAAACCAACGACAACACAGACACCAGGACUCACGCGAAACACGACCAAAAGCCACUUACUCGGCGAUACCGCCGCAGCCGUCCAAUCAUUGUGUCAUCUGUUGUACGGAAUGGUCGGCACCGCUGGAACUGUUGCCGUGCGGACACCUGUUUCAUAGAGGAUGCAUCAAGAAGUGGUUCAUAGAGCAAUUGAAUUGUCCCGUAUGUCGGGCCAGAUUUACACCCGAAAUGGAGAAAGAAUACAGACAUCGAUUAGAUUUAUAAGCAUUUGAUUUGAUUGAUUGUCACCACAAUUGGGUCAUCCAAUGACUUCUUUAUUAUUAUUAUUAAUAAUUAUCUCCAAAAUGUUUUUUUAAAAAAAAACAAUUAUUUAAACCCCAAUUUAAAAGCUGAUAUGAUUUUUCAGUUAUUUUUGCAAUUUGAUUAUAAUUUUAUUUUUUCAAAAUCAAUUUAAACUAAGUUUAUGAUUUAAAAUGAUUACCAAAUUAUUUUUUAUGUUAUAUUUAAAGAUUUAUUAUUUUACCGGUAAUCUCUAUUACUAUUGUUAUAUAGUUAUAUAUUAUUAUUAUUAUAUACUAUAAGUUAUAAUUUCAAGUCAAGCACACUAUGUCUACGCUUUUUUAUAUUUAAAAAAUAACUCAAUUUCAUAACUAAAUUAGAUGCUUAUUACUAAUUUAAUUGUAUAUAUUAUUAUUAUUGUUGUUAAGAUUGUAUUUAAAACUAUUAUAAUUUUAUGUUAAGUAUAAUGCAUCCAAUUAGUUUUAU